GGAAAUCCUAUGUAAGGGUUGCCACACUGACAACCCUGUGCCAUUUGGGAAGGCGUAUUUUGGGACACUAAAUGGAGGGGGAGACAAGGGGAAGGGAGAUGCACAUGGUUUUCAGGAGGCCGGUACAGCGGUGUCCUCCACGUUGUGCGGAGAAAAAUCGGAUGAUCAAAAUGUGUGUAACGGGCAAACAGGUGAAGGGCAAAGCGGCCAUGGAAACGGGGCCGCCACAGACACGGUCCAACUGAAUGCAGGUGGUAAUAACUCCCUCCCAGGUGAUGACCCCCACGCGAUGACAACCACCGAUGUGAUAAAAAACGAAGUUGCAACAGAACAGGGAAGUGAUCAACUCACCAAGGAAUACAUGGUCCUCAUGUUCACAUGCAAAAUAUGCGAAAAAAAAAGUGUGAAGAAAUUUUCAAAGCAGGCAUACAAUAACGGAGUGGUUAUUAUUCGUUGCCCGUCCUGUGAGAACCUCCACUUAAUUUCCGAUCAGCUGGGGUGGUUCCAGGAGGGCAAGACCAACAUCGAGGAUAUACUAAAACAGAAGGGGGAAAAGGUAAUUAGGAGGUUUUCCUACAACAACAUGCUCGAGAUCGACGAUCUGCUGAAUGCGUACAAGUG